AUGGGUAUGUCCUACUCCUCAACACCCGCCCGGGAUAUUUCCAUCCCGCCCGGUCACGACGAGGGAAUCCACUUGGUCGAGCCGUCGGAAGAGCACUCUUUGUUGCCUCAAUAUCUGAAAGGCAAUUUCUUUGUGGCACUGGACGAUAGCCUGGAACCCGGACCAAAUCUCAUGGCAGGCGACUCGUACAGCGUCUCGCCUGUCGACUAUGAUGACCCCGCUGAUACAUCAACACCGGGGACUCCAGAAUUAAGAGAGUUCCAUGAGCGCGCUGAAGAUGACAGUGCGAUCAACGCCCAGCCGUGGAGGAAUGUCGACUACCUUUCUCAUGACUGGAAGGAGGAAGACAUCUGGUCAUCAUGGAAAUAUAUAACCUCCUGCCGAGGAGAGUCUCCCAAGAGCGCCCGUUUGGAGAAUGCGUCCUGGAGAACAUGGACAAAAUACAAAAACAACCUGAAAACUGUGUCUCCCGAGACGCUCAACUGGCUGAAAGGUGAUGUGAAUUGGCUGUAUGGGCCCCUUCAACCGGGUGCGAGCAAGAUCUACUGUACACAGACUGGGCCCUCCAGUGCCUCAUUGUUCCAGUCCAACUCACUAGUCAACAUUAACAGGAAGCCCAUCCUGAAGAAAAGGAGCAUGUCAGAUAUUAUACUGCAGAGACCAUUGUCAUCAUCAUCCUCAUUGUUACCUCAGCAGGCAACAGAAGUGGCCCAAGCGAGGGAGAAAGACAGCCGGUGGUUAACAAAGCCUUCUUUUGACCGGGCAGCGACGACGGACCAUUCUAUGUUCCCCUUCUCUUCGACAUCAAUGAGCCGCGAUACCUCUAGUAUGCUGCCAUCGUCAGCGUCCUCUGGGAUCUCAUCGCCAAGCGUCGAGCGAAAACACAUCCACUUCAAUGAUAAAGUCGAGCAAUGUAUCGCCGUCGAGGUUAAGGGCGGCGACGACGACGACCAUAUCAAUACCGUUACCAACCCAAAUGGCGACAGUAAUUCCGACGACGGCAUCAUGAUGAAGCUGGCGAGGCCACGAAAGCCGGAUCCCCUGAUGAGGAAGAAGGCGAAGGAGGGCAAGAACUCCUUACCCUCCGAUGGAAAGAUGAUCGCGAUGCUUCCGUCGACAACGCUCAAGCACCGAGAACAUAUACUAGAAGUCCCAGAAACGGCGAUACUCUACAGCUCUAGCGUCUUCAACAUGUUGGGUAGGUUCUUCGGCGAAGAAGAGGAGGAGGAUAUGAUGGAUGCCGAUGCAGACUCAGCCUGGUACGGUAACUCUGGGAGUUUCGAAGAACCUGGUCUGCACCGCACUACCUCUACUGACAGCUUGACCGCCGAGCCAGCUGGCAUGCGUCGCACCCCAUCUGGCAUGUUUAUGCCAUAUGAGGUGGUCACAUCGUCAAACAAUGGGAUAUUUUGCUGCGUUAUUGACACCAUUAACACAGCCAGGGACAUUGCCCAUGUUAUUUGGAAUAUGGACUGGAGAUGA